AUGCAUGGCACGCACACAACUGUUUGCGUGGAAUCACAUUUGAGGAUGGGUGCGUGCGCGCUGGAGCCAUACUGUGCAGCUCCUUGUUUUUUGUGUGUUUUUGCAUUUUUAACUUCAUUGCUGUUUGUUUACCUGUGUUUUGUUUUUAAUUGCUUCGUGUGUUUUCUCUGUUUACUUGCUGCGGGGCGUUGUGUGUGUUUUUGCCCUUUCACUGAUUUCAACUGCCUCAUGGUGGCUGUGCGUGGUGUAGCGGCUAUGUCUUUCCUUUUGUUUCCUGUGCUUUUGCAGGUUGGUUCCACAGCGUUAGGCGACUCCACUGUUUGUGAUGAUGACUGGCCGUGUGCCCUGCGUCCUGUUGGCUCCUGCAGUGAUGUGCAACAGCUCGUGCGUGUUUUCGACGGCUGCUGCGACGGUGUGUGUGUGCGGCCCGCUGGUGAUGGCGCGGUGGCUGCUGAACAAGCGCGGGCUGUGAUGGCUGCGGAAUGUGGGCCCGUGGCCGGUGGCUCUGGACGAAAGGGGAAUGUGAACUCUGAGGACAAUAGCGAUCAGGAAGACGAGGAAGACGAGGAGGGUGGAGGAAGCACGGCGGGUGAGGGCCAUAAUCCCACCUCCGCAGGAUCACUCACUGUUCCGACGAGGGAGGAUCAAUCCAGCAGCGAUCCACUGCGAAGUAACAAUUGCAAUCCGUCCGGCACUGGCAGCGCGUCUGCUGCUCGGAUGCGUGCAAGUGGACCGGAGUCUUUGGGCGGAGGGCACGCUGCAGACACAACAUCCCCAUGCUCCAACGCAUCUCAGCAGGCAGCAGGUGGAGUGCACGCUGGUGGCGGGAGGACCUCCCAGGGCAGUCAGGCUUCGGAACAAACCGUCACGGGAGAGUCACAGGUGCCAGGGACGGCGAAGGAAACACCGCAAGGCGACGAAGGAGGAGAACCCGGAGCGCAACACGAAGCCGACCAAAUCACAAAAAUGACGGUGAUGAAUUGUUGCGCAAAAACAGCGGUGGAACAGGAGAGCCGCCAGCGGGAUCGCAAGAUGCACCACGUCUCUAUAGUGGAGAGAAUGCUCAUUAUUAUUUUUUCCGUACUCUUACCAGCGCGUCUAGCCACACGAUGUCAUCAGGGUGCCGAGGAGGUGGUCGAGCAACGACAUGAGUUUGCUGCCAUGAAGCAACUGCCAUUGAGAGAACUUUCCGAGGCGAAGGUCCUGUUCAAUGCCCAGUCUUUGGCGCACAGCCAAGGUGCCUGGACAUUCUAG